AUGAGGUUCCUAACGAUUAUUGCGAUGUUGUGUGCCCUGGCAGUUUGUGUCCUUUGCGCGGACGAGACAACGCAUUCGCCUGGAUAUUAUUGGGAUCCUUAUUCCUCCUCUUGGGUUCCUAACGAAGACUCCACUACCUCGUAUCCUUCUUCUGCGGAAACUACUACAACUGAGACCGCAACUGUGCCACCACCAUGUGAUGAAAAGAUACAAGGACCCUGCGGAAACCUACUCAAGGGUGCCCAGAAGAUCUACUUCUUCUACUGA